AACCCUCCCAUGUAAUAUCCCCCACUUUUAAAAAUGUAUUAAUAAGGAUUUAUAUGUAAAUUGGGGGACCUAUAUGUAAAUAUAGAAAUUACAAGGACUAAACUGCUAAGUUGCAAAAAGAAAAAAAAAAGAAAAGGAAAAACCGAAAAUUCGGUAUUAUCCCACCGCCUCCCACGCACUCUGUUUCUUUCCAGAAACAGAGUGAGCGGUGGGGCGUGAGGAGAAGAAGGAGAGUGGUUGAAGAAAAGAAGAAGAAGAGGGAAAAGAAGAGAGGAGGAAGAAGAGAGGAAGAAGAGGGAGAAGAGAAGAAGAUGAAGAAGAAGAAGAAGAGGAGGUGGCUGCAGCGAGAAGCUGUGGGGCGUGGGGAGAAGAAGAGAGGAAGAAGAGGGAGAAGAGAAGAAGAAGAAGAAGAAGCAGAAGAAGAAGAAGAAGAAGAAGAAGAAGAAGAGAGGAUGAUAGCUGCGGCAAGGCUGCAGCGAGGAGGUGUGUGGGGUUGGGGAGGAAAAGGGAAGAGGAGAAGAAAAAAGGAGAAGAAGAGGGAAAAGAGAGGGAAGAGGGAGAGGAGCGAGAGGUGGCAGCAGCUAGGGCUGCAGCACCUCUGUUUCCUGCAGGUGGAAACAGAGGAGAGGUGGGGCGUUCGAAGAGGAGAAGAAUAAGAAGAAGGAAGAGAAGAGGAAGAGGAAGCAGGAGAAGAGGUUGUGAUACCUCUGUUUCCUGCAGAGGAAACAGAGGAGAGGGUGUGUGUGACGUCGGGGAGAAGAAGGGGCGGAAGGAGAAGAUGAGAAGAAGAAGAAAAAAAGGAGAGGAAGAAGAGAAGGGAAAGGAGGAGCUGCGGCUGCGGCGGUGGCAGCUGCAGCUGGAAGAGAAGGAGAGGAAGAGAUGGUGAGGAAGAAGAGAAGAAGUAGAAGCGGGUGAAGAGGCGGCACCUCUGUUUCCUGCAGGAGGAAACAGAGGAAAGGAGGUGCUGUUCGUCGGGGAGAAGAAGGGGGCUGCAGCUGCGGCGAUGGCAGCUGCAGCUGGAAGAGAAGAAGAAGAGGAAGAUGAGCAGGGGAGGAGGGAGAGGUUGCGGCCGUGGCUGCGGCCGCGACUGCAGCAGUUGCAGCGGGGAGAGAAGAAGAAGAAAGGAAGGAGAAGGAAGAGGAGAAGGGAAAGAAGUAGCUGCGGCUGCGGUUGUGGCAGUUGCAGCUGUGGCAGGGAAAGAGGAAGAGAAAAAGGAAAGGAAGAAGAAGACAAAGGGACGGAGAGGAAGAAGAGAGGAAGAGGAGAAGGGGCUGCAGCUGCGGCGAUGGCAGCUGCAGCUGUGGCUGGGAAAGAAGAGAAGGAAAGGAAGAAGAAGAGAAAGGGAAGGAGAGGAAGAAGAGAGGAAGAGGAGAAGGGGUGGCAGCUGCGGCAGUGGCAGCUGCAAUUGGAAGAGGAGGAGGAAAUAGAGCAGGGGAGGAAGAAGAGGCUGCGAGUGUGGUGGCUGCGGCCGUGGCUGCGACUCCGGCUGCAGCUGCGACGUUGGCUGCGGUAGCUGCGGCAGCGGUGGUGGCUGCAGUAGCUGCAGUAGCUGCUUUUGGGAAAGAGAAAGAGUAGGAACGAGAGAAGGGAAGAAGGAAAUAGUGCAGUGGAAGGGGGCUACGGUUGUGACCGCAGUUGCGAUUGUGGCAGCGGCGGCGGCGGCGGCUGUGGCAGCUGCGUUUGGGAAAGAAAAAGAAGGAAUGAGAGUAAGAGAGAGCAGGUGACUGUGCCUCGAUGUUCGACACAUGAUGUAGUUACGAAGAAAGGAAGAAAACGGGAGCACAAAACGAAACAGAGAGAGGACACGGAGGAAAAGUAGAAAGAUUGGACUGGCACCUUCCUUGGAUAUUCAGAUCAAAAUAUUUGAAAGGUCAGCUUGUCACUCUUCGAGAUGUUUGAUUUGGGCUGAGGCAGUGGAUAGCUAUUCAGAAUUAUGGGCAAGUCCUGUUGGUUGUUAUGCUAUUGUUGUAUAAGCAUAUUUUGUAUGUAAUGAAUUGUUCUGAUGAUCGAAAUGGAUAUACUGUGUAAAAGUGUUAGAAGAUCUCUCUUAUUUGGAAUUUCGGAAUGUUAAGUCUAAUUUAUGACGAUAUGAACUUGUGGUGAAUAGUUGGAGUUCUGAUUGUAUAAUUUAUUUAGCUUGUGGAUUUAUAAAUGUUGUUCAUGUUUGUCAAGUUGGCUUGGGUUGCCAUAAAUGUGAAUUAUCGAGUGAUGUGAUAUAUGAUUAUAAACUGCACAGGUUUUAUGGAUGUGAAUAUGAAUAGAAUGUUUUCAGUGUCCUCAAACGUUAGUUUGGAUCCUGGAUUGGUCUGUGACGAAAAUUUUAAAAAUCAUGGAUAUUUUGAGGGGCGUGACAGAGGUGGUAUCAGAGCAUUGUUUGAGGAUUACUGAAAUAUUUGAUAUGUUGACGUGCAAAAUAUAUUGAGGUCUAAUGAACUAUAGUGAUUGGUGGAAAUUUUCUUUGCUGCAUUUUAGGAAUCUGGGAUGAUGAGGACAUUGGUCCUCCUAUAUCAUUUGUUUCUGAUUAAUUAAGGGGAAUGAAAGGAUUGAUUGGGGAUAUUGAAUCAGAGUGGCGUAGCAGAAGCAUGAUGAACCUAAUUUCAUUGGUGGUAGAAAAUUGGAUGAUGCAAAUGGAGAAGAUAUUUGAUAUACAAAAUUGUUCUGAUACUCGAAAGAUUUCUUUUGCCACGUUAUAUUGGAAGUAAAGACUUAUUAUUGACGGCAAUAAUGAAAAGAAUUUUUGAAGAUCAAUGGCAAGAAUGACAAGAACAAGUUUACCAAUACAAAUAUGAUUGGAAAUGAAUCAGUAAGUAACAACAAGAGAGUCAAGACAUUUGGAUUUGAAAUGGGAAGUCACCACAAAAGACUCAAUCAGGUGUGAAUUGCAAGUUAAAUUAUGAAACAAGUUUAUGUUUGUGCGUGACUAGAGCCUAUUUUGCUUAUGGAAAGUUUGAUCAUAAAAUAAAAGUUUGCCCUUUGAACAAGAAGAAAGAGUCACUGCUUCCUAAAUCAUCAGCCCUUGUCAGAGUGUAUGCUAUCACUGAAUAUGAUUCUAAGACUUCUGAAUUAGUGGUCGAAGGUAUUAUGUAUGUUUAUGAAAGAAUGCAAAUAUUUGUUUGAACAUGGGUUCUAUCUACGAUUUGAUUCGUAACAUAUUGCCUAUCACUUGGGUAUUCAACCUAGACCACUGUAUUAUGUGAUAUAUGUAAGUAUAAUCAUUGGAGAUUCUUUGAUAACGAACUUGAAUCUGGUCCUCUUGUCUGAUUUUUGUUGGAGAACUUGAACUUUUGCUGAUUUAGUUCUCCUAGAGAUUUGGAGUUAUGAUAUUAUACUUGGUAUGCAUUGGCUAUCUUCUUAUCAUACCAGUAUGGAUUGGUAUAUAACAAAUGAUCACUUUUUGCAUAUUUGAUCAGCCGAUCUUUUAUUUUGAGAGUAUUGGACAUUAUUUAUCUCCUUGCCUAAUGUAUCCCAGGAUGACUUGCCUGGAUUACCUCCAAAUGUGAUUUUGCUUUUGAUUUGGUCCUUGGGACAAUCCCUAUAUCUAAGCCUCUCUGCAGAAUGAUAUCAUUUGAGUAAGUGGAAUUAGAAAAACAACUACAAGGAUUAUUAAAUGAGGAUUUUAUUUGGCUUAAUAUUUUAUCAUGGGGUGCUCUGGUGUUAGUUAAAAAGAUGGAUAGAACAUGGAGGCUUUGUAUUGAUUAUGGAUAGUUGAAUCAGGUGAUCAUAAAAAACGAGUAUUUUCUGAAGUAACGUUUUGCUUGAUUAAUUACAGGUGCGCAAAUAUUUUUGAAAGAUUGAUUGAAGGUCGGGUUUACCAUCUAUUGAGAAUCAAGAAGGAGAAUAUUUCGGUCACUCUUGGAAAAUUGUGUAAUUGUAUUGAAUUGAUGAAAUUAUUUAAGAGUAGGAGGAGGAAAUAAAGAAAUCAUAAUCCUCAUCUUUUCAUCGAUUGAGCUAAGAUCAAUUUAGAGGACUAAAUUUUCUUUUAAGGGGGGGAGAGUGUAAUAUCCCCCACUUUUAAAAAUGUAUUAAUAAGGAUUUAUAUGUAAAUUGGGGGACCUAUAUGUAAAUAUAGAAAUUACAAGGACUAAACUGCUAAGUUGCAAAAAGAAAAAAAAAAGAAAAGGAAAAACCGAAAAUUCGGUAUUAUCCCACCGCCUCCCACGCACUCUGUUUCUUUCCAGAAACAGAGAGAGCGGUGGGGCGUGAGGAGAAGAAGGAGAGUGGUUGAAGAAAAGAAGAAGAGGGAAAAGAAGAGAGGAGGAAGAAGAGAGGAAGAAGAGGGAGAAGAGAAGAAGAUGAAGAAGAAGAAGAAGAGGAGGUGGCUGCAGCGAGGGCUGCAGCGAGAAGCUGUGGGGCGUGGGGAGAAGAAGAGAGGAAGAAGAGGGAGAAGAGAAGAAGAAGAAGAAGAAGCAGAAGAAGAAGAAGAAGAAGAAGAAGAAGAAGAAGAAGAGAGGAUGAUAGCUGCGGCAAGGCUGCAGCGAGGAGGUGUGUGGGGUUGGGGAGGAAAAGGGAAGAGGAGAAGAAAAGAAGGAGAAGAAGAGGGAAAAGAGAGGGAAGAGGGAGAGGAGCGAGAGGUGGCAGCAGCUAGGGCUGCAGCACCUCUGUUUCCUGCAGGUGGAAACAGAGGAGAGGUGGGGCGUUCGAAGAGGAGAAGAAGAAGAAGAAGGAAGAGAAGAGGAAGAGGAAGCAGGAGAAGAGGUUGUGAUACCUCUGUUUCCUGCAGAGGAAACAGAGGAGAGGGUGUGUGUGACGUCGGGGAGAAGAAGGGGAGGAAGGAGAAGAAGAGAAGAAGAAGAAAGGAAGGAGAGGAAGAAGAGAAGGGAAAGGAGGAGCUGCGGCUGCGGCGGUGGCAGCUGCAGCUGGAAGAGAAGGAGAGGAAGAGAUGGUGAGGAAGAAGAGAAGAAGUAGAAGCGGGUGAAGAGGCGGCACCUCUGUUUCCUGCAGGAGGAAACAGAGGAAAGGAGGUGCUGUUCGUCGGGGAGAAGAAGGGGGCUGCAGCUGCGGCGAUGGCAGCUGCAGCUGGAAGAGAAGAAGAAGAGGAAGAUGAGCAGGGGAGGAGGGAGAGGUUGCGGCCGUGGCUGCGGUCGCGACUGCAGCAGUUGCAGCGGGGAUAGAAGAAGAAGAAAGGAAGGAGAAGGAAGAGGAGAAGGGAAAGAAGUAGCUACGGCUGCGGUUGUGGCAGCUGCAGCUGUGGCAGGGAAAGAGGAAGAGAAAAAGGAAAGGAAGAAGAAGAGAAAGGGAAGGAGAGGAAGAAGAGAGGAAGAGGAGAAGGGGCUGCGGCUGCAGCGAUGGCAGCUGCAGCUGUGGCUGGGAAAGAAGAGAAGGAAAGGAAGAAGAAGAGAAAGGGAAGGAGAGGAAGAAGAGAAGGGGUGGCAGCUGCGGCAGUGGCAGCUGCAGCUGGAAGAGGAGGAGGAAAUAGAGCAGGGGAGGAAGAAGAGGCUGCGAGUGUGGUGGCUGCGGCCGUGGCUGCGACUCAUAUAGGCACAUGUAUAUCCUAGUGUUCCGCAUUUGCUUUCGAUAUGUGCCUAUUCCAGUUUCAUUCCUUUGGACAUUGAAUUCAUCAAAUCUUCUUAUUGAAUUGAGGUAUAAGUGAUUGCUUGGAUUCCAUAUGUGCCCUUGCUUUCAAUUCCUUUCAAGUCUGAAUAUACUCGUGAAAGAUUAUUGCUUACUUCGGAUUGACUCGUAAAGGCACAUGUACGUUUGUUGUUCCGCGUGUGCUUCCGAUAUAUGCUACUUAUUGUUGAAACUGUCCUUUUGUACUCUGGUGUGUGGGAUUGUCUGGACCUUUGCCAGAAAUGGUAAAGGGUAUGCGCUAUUUGCCCGCUAUGUGGGGUCCCGCUAUGAGGGAUAUUCUGUAUGCGCUUGUUGCCCGCUACGUGGGUAUGUGAUUAGAGCCUGCGAUGCUCUGCCGGCCCCCUUUGACUUCACCUAGACGUGGGUGGUUGGAGCUCCCAGACGUGGGAGACUUUUGUCAGGUGGUCAUUCAGAAAUGGAUGAAUCACAUUCUGACUGAGAUCCCACUACACCUUCUGUAUGUUUGAUAUGAUAUCCAGAGCUUUGGUUAUGUGUUUCUGUACAUGCUUUGGAUAAGAUUGAUAUGUUUGCAACGUCAAAGACGACGUUUGAGCUUCUGUACGGUAUUUGUUAUUGAUAUGCUCUGAAAUGUUUCAUCCACUGUUGAUAUGUUUCGAAAUGUUCCAUAUGUCGUUGAUAUGCUCCGGAACAUUUCAUACGCCAUUGAUAUGCUCCAAUUACUUUGUGCUCCAUUUGCUAUGAACUGAUAUGUUCUGAAAUGUCCUAUCUACCAUUGAUAUGCUCCAAAUUACUCUGUGCUCCAUUUGCUAUGAACUGAUAUGUUCUGAAAUGUCCUAUCUACCAUUGAUAUGCUCCAAAUUACUCUGUGCUCCAUUUGCUAUGAACUGAUAUGUUUUGAAAUGUCCUAUCUACCUUUGAUAUGCUCCAAAUUACUCUGUGCUCCAUUUGCUAUGAACUGAUAUGUUCUGAAAUGUCCUAUCUACCAUUGAUAUGCUCCAAAUUACUCUGUGCUCCAUUUGCUAUGAGCUGAUUUGUUCUGAAAUGUCCUAUUUGCCAUUGAUAUGUUCCAAUUACUCUAUGCUCCAUUCGUUAUGGAUCAAAUAUGUUAUGAAUGACAUGAUACGUAUGAUUUGGUAUCUAUUGAGAUGGUAUCCUUGAGAAUUCUGGUAUUUUGCCUUGCAUUAUGAUACCUUACUCGUUUCAAACUGUUCCUUUUGUUCUGAAUAUGCUUUGUCACUUGCUGAGCCGUUUUUGGCUCACUCCGUUGUUAUAUAAACCUUUCAGGUCAGCUUGUCACUCUUCGAGAUGUUUGAUUUGGGCUGAGGCAGUGGAUAGCUAUUCAGAAUUAUGGGCAAGCCCUGUUGGUUGUUAUGCUAUUGUUGUAUAAGCAUAUUUUGUAUGUAAUGAAUUGUUCUGAUGAUCGAAAUGGAUAUACUGUGUAAAAGUGUUAGAAGAUCUCUCUUAUUUGGAAUUUCGGAAUGUUAAGUCUAAUUUAUGACGAUAUGAACUUGUGGUGAAUAGUUGGAGUUCUGAUUGUAUAAUUUAUUUAGCUUGUGGAUUUAUAAAUGUUGUUCAUGUUUGUCAAGUUGGCUUGGGUUGCCAUAAAUGUGAAUUAUUGAGUGAUGUGAUAUAUGAUUAUAAACUGCACAGGUUUUAUGGAUGUGAAUAUGAAUAGAAUGUUUUCGGUGUCCUCAAACGUUAGUUUGGAUCCUGGAUUGGUCUGUGACGAAAAUUUUAAAAAUCAUGGAUAUUUUGAGGGGCGUGACAGAGGUGGUAUCAGAGCAUUGUUUGAGGAUUACUGAAAUAUUUGAUAUGUUGACGUGCAAAAUAUAUUGAGGUCUAAUGAACUAUAGUGAUUGGUGGAAAUUUUCUUUGAUGUAUUUUAGGAAUCUGGGAUGAUGAGGACAUUUGGUCCUCCUAUUUCAUUGUUUCUGAUUAAUUAAGGGGAAUGAAAGGAUUGAUUGGGGAUAUUGAAUCAGAGUGGCGCAGCGGAAGCAUGGUGGACCUAAUUUCAUUGGUGGAAGAAAAAUGAAUGAUGCAAACAGAGAAGAUAUUUGAAGUACAAAAUUGUUUUGAUGAUCAAAAGAUUUCUUUUGCCACCUUAUAUUGGAAGUAGAGGCUGAUUAUUAUUGGCAACAAUGAAAAGAAUUUUUGGAGAUCAGUGACAAGAAUGAUAAGGACAAGUUUACCAAAUAAGAAUAUGAUUGGAAAUGAAUCAGAAAGUAAUGACAAGAGGGUCAAGACAUUUGGAUUUGAAAAGGAAAGUCACCACCAAAGACUUAAUCAUGUGUGAAUUACAAGUUAAAUUAUGAAACAAGUUUGUGUUUUUGGGUGAUUGGAGUCUAUUUUGCUUGUAGAAAGUUGGAUCAUAAAAUAAAAGUUUGCCCUUUGAACAAGAAGAAAGAGUCACUGCCUCCUAAAUCAUCAGCCCAUGUAAGAGUGUAUGCUAUCACUGAAUAUGAUUCUGAAACUUCUGAAUUAGUGGUCAAAGGUAUUAUGUAUGUUUAUGAAAGAAUGCAAAUAUUUGUUCGACCAUGGGUCCAAUCUACGAUUUGAUUCGUAAUAUUUUGCUUAUCACUUGGGUAUUCAACCUAGACCACUACAUUAUGUGCUAUAAGUAAAUACGAUCAUUGGAGAUUCUUUGAUAAUGAAGUUGAAUCUGGUCCUCUUGUCUGAUUCUUAUUGGAGAACUUGAACUUUUGCUGAUUUAGUUCUCCUAGAGAUUUGGAGUUUUGAUAUUAUACUUGGUAUGGAUUGGCUAUCUUCCUAUCAUACUAGUAUGGAUUGGUAUAUAACAAAUGAUCACUUUUUGCAUAUUUGAUCAACCGAUCUUUUAUUUUGAGAGUAUUAGACAUUAUUUAUCUCCUUGCCUAAUGUAUCCCAGGAUGACUUGUUUGGAUUACCUCCAAAUGUGAUUUUGCUUUUGAUUUGGUCCUUGGGACAAUCCUAAAAUCUAAGCCUCUCUACAGAAAGAUAUCAUUUGAGUAAGUGGAAUUAGAAAAGCAACUACAAGGAUUAUUAAAUGAGGAUUUUAUUUGGCUUAAUAUUUCAUCAUGGGGUGCUCCGGUGUUAGUUAAAAGAUGGAUGGAACAUUGAGGCUUUGUAUUGAUUAUAGAUAGUUGAAUUAGGUGACCAUCAAAAAAUGAGUAUUUUCUAAAGUGACCACUUGUUUGAUUAACUGCAGGGUGCACAGGUAUUUUAAAAGAUUGUUUAAAGGUUGGGUUACCAUCUAUUGAGGAUCAAGGAGGAGAAUAUUUCGGUCACUCUUGGAUAAUUAUGUAAUUGUAUUGUAUUGAUGAAACUAUUUAAGAGUAGGAGGAGGAAAUAAAGAUAUCAUAAUCCUCAUCUUUUCAUCGAUUGAGCUAUGAUCAAUUUAGAGGACUAAAUUUUCUUUUAAGGGGGAGAGAGUGUAAUAUCCCUCGCUUUUAAAAAUUAUUAAUAAAGAUUUAUUUAUAAAUCGGAGGACCUAUAUGUAAAUAUAGAAAUUUCAAAGACUAAACUGUUAAGUUGUAAAAAGAAGUAAAUAAAGAAAAACCGAAAAUUUCGGUUUUAUCCCACUGCCUCCCACGCACUCUCUGUUUCUUCGAGAAACAGAGAGGAGCGGUGGGGCAUGAGGAGUGAAGAAAAGAAGAAGAAGAGGGAAAAGAAGAGAGGAGGAAGAAGAGAGGAAGAAGAGGGAGAAGAGAAGAAGAAGAAGAAGAGGAGGUGGCUGCAGCGAGGGCUGCAGCGAGGAGCUGUGGGGUGUGGGGAGAAGAAGAGAGGAAGAAGAGAAGAAGAAGAAUGGAAUCAAAUUAGGCAAAGAAAUAACAAGUGGGUCCCAAGCAGUUGGACAUGGGAUCGACCGGGAUCACAAAGACACUCCUUAUGUACAUGGCAGGCCCUUCUCAAUAAACUACCUACAAUAGACAAUAUGAAAAGAAGAGGUAUCUAUCAUGUUAACCGAUGCUCCCUUUGUUUGCAACAAGAAGAAACUGUUGACCACCUCUAUUUUGCUUGUGAUUAUACAAAAUGGAUAUGGAAGGAGAUUCUCCAGCGAUUUGAACUCAAUAGACUGCCGCAACUAAACUUGCACCAAGAACUAGGCGACCUUAUGCAAUGUUUCUCAAGAAAAGGGCCUCUUACACACCUGGCAAAGGUUACUUUCAGAUGCGCUAUUUGGUGGAUGUGGAAGGAGAGAUGUAAUAGAAUCUUUGAAUAUCAACACACAAACAAUGCUCAGCUCUUGAAAGAGAUUAUUAGAGACUCAAGAUCCUGUAUGGAGCAUGAUCUCAAAACCGAGCACUUCACCCGAAGAGAAAAAGAUAUUUUUAUCAAAUUUAAUUUUGCUAUUAGCUAAAGAUCUUGGGAAUGAUGCCAAAUAAUGUACCCACAGGUAGUUAUAGUCUACAGCAUGUGAAGUCAUAACUAUCGCAUUCGCACUCUAUGAGUUACUUGGCUUUGUCUAUGACUUGUAUAGAUAAAGCUAGUUGUAGAAACUUUACACAUAAUCAAUUUACUUUUACUUACCAAAAAAAAAGAGAAGAAGAAGAAGAAGAAGAAGAAGAAGAAGAAGAGAGGAGGAUAGCUGCGGCAAGGCUGCAGCGAGGAGGUGUGUGGCUUUGGGGAGGAAAAGGGAAGAGGAGAAGAAGAGAAGGAGAAGAAGAGGGAAAAGAGAGGCAGCUGCAGCAGCCAGGGCUGCAGCACCUCUGUUUCCCGCAGGUGGAAACAGAGGAGAGGAUGUGUGGGGCGUUGAGGAUGAAAAGGGAAGAAGAAGAAGAAGAUAGCUGCGGCAAGGCUGCAGCGAGGAGAUGUGUGGCCUUGGGGAGGAAAAGGGAAGAGGGGAAGAGGAGAAGAAGAAGAAGAGGAAGAGAAAGAGGUGUGAUACCUCUGUUUCCUGCAGAGGAAACAGAGGAGAGGGUGUGUGUGACGCCGGGGAAGAAGGGGCUGCAGCUGCGGUGAUGGCAGCUGCAGCUGGAAGAGAAGAAGAAGAGGAAGAUGAGCAGGGGAGGAGGGAGAGGUUGCGGCCGUGGCUGCGGCCGCGACUGCAGCAGUUGCAGCGGGGAGAGAAGAAGAAGAAAGGAAGGAGAAGGAAGAGGAGAAGGGAAAGAAGUAGCUGCGGCUGCGGUUGUGGCAGCUGCAGCUAUGGCAGGGAAAGAGGAAGAGAAAAAGGAAAGGAAGAAGAAGAGAAAGGGAAGGAGAGGAAGAAGAGAGGAAGAGGAGAAGGGGCUGCGGCUGCGGCGAUGGCAGCUGCAGCUGUGGCAGGGAAAGAGAAAAAGGAAAGGAAGAAGAAGAGAAAGGGAAGGAGAGGAAGAAGAUUCCAAUACUAAAUUUUUCUAUGCUUCAAUUGCUACUCGAAGGGCUGUUAACUGUAUCAGCAAAUGCAGAGACAAAGAUGAUAAUCUUAUUGAGAAUUUAGAUGAGGUUAAAGCACACACAGAGCAAUUUUUUUAUUCCUUACUCAAUCAAGCUGGGAAAACUAAUAACAUUCAUGUGGAGCCGACUAGAAAACUUGAUUCGGAAGCUAUUUCAAUCCUCAAUGCCCCAAUUACAGACGACGAAAUUGUAUGUGUUGUCUUUAAGUCACCAAAGCACAAAAGCCCAGGUCCAGAUGGAUUUCCAACUGAAUUUUACCAAACUGCUUGGUCUAUUAUUGGAAAUGAUGUGAUCAAGGCUUGCCAACAUUUUUUCUCUUCAGGUCAAAUUCUUAGAGAGAUGAAUUGUACUUUUAUUUCUUUAAUCCCGAAGAAUGCAGGGGCAGAUUCACUAGAGAACUAUCGACCCAUAUCAUUAUGCAACUUUAUUUACAAGAUCAUCUCCAAAGUAUUGGCAAAUAGAAUGCAAAAGGUAAUACACAAGAUCAUUAGCCUAAAUCAAGCUGCUUUCAUGAAAGGGAGAAGUAUACAUCAUAACAUUUUGCUUGCUAAUGACUUGGUCAAAGAUUUGCAUUCAAAAGCAAGAGGGACAAAAAUAUGUUUUAAAGCUGAUUUACGGAAAGCCUUUGAUUCAGUUAAUAGGAAAUUUAUCUAUAAAAAUGCUCCUCGAUAUGAACUUCCCACAGCAAUGGGUUAAUUGGAUUCAAUCUUGCCAGGAAACUCCAAAGUUUUCGAUACUCUUUAAUGGCUCACCUAUUGGUUUUUUUGGGAGCACGAAUGGCAUCCGACAAGGUGAUCCACUCUCUCCGUAUCUCUUUACUAUUGCGAUGGAAAGACUUAGCUGUAUGUUGGAACAUGCAGUCUUAAAUGGCAGCAUUAAGGUACCCAAUGCUGGCUCUAUUCAUAUAUCACAUAUAACAUUUGCAGAUGAUUUACUUAUCUUUCUCCUAAAUGAUCCAACU